GUGCAUGCUGGGUGACAUUGAAGCAGGGUAGCAGCAGCAGCAGCCGGCUGACUCAACCUUCAGUUUCUGCUUCACUUUCAGCCGUCCCGCACUCUGCAGCUGGCUCAAUCUGACCACCUAUGGAGGACGCCGUCUUCCACUGAGUCAUGGACAUCAGCGGACCACAUCUCACGGUGUAGCCAGGAGGAUUCGUUGAUUGAGAGAAUCAUGGAGCCCGAUGUGAUCCGUAUAUACUCCUCCUCGCCGCCCCCGAUGGAGGACGGUGCAGAGGAAGAGGACAACGAGUUUGGAGACUUCGGCACCUUUGCUAGCGUCCCAAACAGCAUCAGCUUCACAGAAUUCGACACCCCGACCACUUUUAACCAGACCCAGGCUCUGACCGCCACCUCGCCGCCUGAGCUCCUCAACACCAGAGGGGUGAUGGGAUUCAGCCACAGCUCCUCUAAUGGCACACACGCCCCCAACAACGAGCUGUCCAAGGCUAAUGGCAUUGUGCCAGCGAGCCACCUGGGCAGCAGUCCCUCGGAGAGAACUGAAAUGAAAAAGGUCCUCUCCAGCUCUCUGGAUUUUUCAGUGAGCGACACAGCUGGCAGCGAGCCUGCUGAUUGCAACGGCGGAGGCACAGAGGUGCUAACAAACGGGUUUGCAACCUUUGACGUUCAGGGAAGCCCUUCCUCGCAGAAUUCUGUCCACUCUCAUAUAAAAGGAACGUCCACUGAGGACACGGGCAGCGUCCCCGCCGGCAGCCCCGAGGACGAUUUUGCAGACUUUGCUGCUUUUUCCAAUGCUGAAGGACACCUCAGCCAGACGGCAAACGAGGACUCGGACAAUCCCACAGGGGGCAGCCGGCUGGCGGAGGCUGCCUGCCACGAGGAGCACUGUAAUAUAGAGCAGGGAACGACUUCAGAGGACGAUGUCAGGGACACAAACAGAACUGGACCCAGCUCUGAUUCCAUAUCUGUCCCUGCUGAGGCCCCGGACGGCUCGUGCAACACGGACCGGGGCUCUCGCACGGAUGCUGACUCUCAACAAAGGGACGUAGCCUUUGCACAGGAUCACUUGGCCUCAGAGGCAGUUUGCACUAACAGACCCCUCACUCUGAACGGGGUGGAUGUAGCCGACAGGGACGAUUCCAAAGACGCCGCGGGCUGCAGUGAAAGCGACCUCUCACCGGACGCAGCUGCAGACGGUGAGGCGGGACAGUUGGACGGGAAGGGCUCCGGUAACGAGACUGAGACAGAAACGGAGACGGAGACGUCAUUGGGCCGGCCGCUGUCAACAGAUGCUCUAGAGGAGUACGGUGACAUGAGCACCACGGGGUCCGUGCCCUCUCCGCCCCUCCAAGGGGAGACCGCCACGCCCGCUGACCACAGCCAGCUGGCAGAGGACGACGAGGACGAGGACUUUGGGGACUUUGGAGACGCCGGCUCUUUCAGCUGUCAGGGCUUUACCGACUUUGACCAGCUGGAUGUCCAGCAGGAGCAGAGCAGGUCGGACAGCCCUGCUCCUGCACAGGAAGCUGCAGACGCCAAGGACGAUGACGACUUUGGCGACUUCAACUCCCCCAAAUUUCACAGCAGCGGAACCGAGGGGGAGGAUGGAUCCAAGUUUGCAGAGUUCCCCGUCAGCGACAGUUUUGGGAAUUUCAGCUCAGCCGCCGAAGGCGCAGACAGUGAGGCAGACGUAGGGUGGAGCGCCUUUGGGGAGCAGCAGCACCAGGUGGAGGAGGGGGAGUCCUGGGCGGCGUUCAGCACGGGGCAGAGCGUCGCUCCUCCUGCAGAGAGCCAAGAGGAGGUGAAGGAGGAGGAGGAGGAGGAGGAGGAGGAGGAGGAGUGGCAUGAAAGUGAACCACCUGCAGUCAUUGAGCAAACCAGCAGGACAGACAGACAGUCGGCGUCGCUGUCGAGCCGACUGGAGAAGCUGUUUCAGGGCAGCUUCCCUCAGACCGCCGCCCUCUCUGUGGAGGACGAAGUGGCGUCCCUGAGGAUCCUGCUGGGACCUCCAGAGGACAAACCACAGCCAGGAGCUGAAGGGGAGGAGGAGGAGGAGAAGUCGCCAUGCAACAGGUCUGUGCAUGGCAGCGUGUGGACGCAGCUUCAGGACAUCAACGAGGCGUUCGGCCUCAGAUACCAGUGGGGGGGCUCCUACUGCAACAAAGCACUACUCUGCUGCCUGGGCAUCGACACCCGGAACAUUCUGUUCACGGGACAGAAGAAGCAGCCGGUCAUCGUGCCCAUGUACGCCGCCAGCCUGGGGAUGCUGGAACCAACCAAAGAGCCUGUGAAGCCCGUCUCUGCAGCAGAGAUGAUCGCUUCGAUAGCCCAGGCGCCUCCAGUGGCUCCAGAGAAAAGCUCCUGUCCCUCAGACACAGUCCAGCAGGAGGCGCUCCCACCCAUCCAGUUCGACUGGAGCAGCAGUGGCCUUACCAACCCUCUGGACGCGAGCGGAGGCUCGUCUCUGUUAAACCUGGAUUUCUUUGGUCCUGUGGAGGAUUCAGGCUCCACCAGCUCACCCUCCAUCCCAGGAGUCGACCCGGAGCUUUACGAACUGACGACGGCCAAGCUGGACCCCGGCAGCUCUGGCAGUCGGGUGGCAGAUGCCUUCGCCCGCCUGAUGUCCACCAUGGAGAAGACCAGCACCUCCACCAGGAAGCCGAGGAAAGAAGAGAAUCUGAGCGACGAGGCGGCCAAAGUGAUCGCAGGUCUGCCCGAUCUUUCCUUCAUGCAGGCCAAAGUGCUGAUGUUCCCCGCCACGCUGACGCCGCUCGGGUGCCAGGCCACAUCGGACUGAAGCUCCUCCCCCUUCACAUGACAUCACCCCUCCCUCUCCCAUAGCCCCGCCCACGGACUCGGCCCAUUUUAACAAGUUCUCUUCUUCUUUUUUUGUUCUCUCGCUGCGGCUCAGUUCCUCCCUUUCCAUACGUCUUUUCUUUUUCUUUUUUUAAAUUAAAUUUGCGCUUUUGUUUUUCACUUUAUACUUUUUAAAAAAAAAAUAAAGCGAAGCAUUUAUGAUCACAGGAAGCAGCUCGGACGUGGAGGAGGGAGAAGCGCUCGGCGGACAACCUGCACAUUUAACAGAAUAGGAGAUAAAUUAAUUUAUAGAGUUGAUAAUUUAUAGAGGAAGGUGUAGAAGUGUGUGCUGUUCAUAUCUAGAAGAAUCAUCGUGUAUAUAAUCAGGGAUUAAAUGUUUAUUUUCCUUUUUUUUUUUUAAAUUCUGAAUGAUUUGGGAUGAUUUUACGUCUCUGUGGUGGGAGUGUGUUCGUGUCUGUCUGUGAAGGAAACACUGGCUGAAGCUCUUUAAAUCAAACUGAAGUGGAAUAUAUGUAAGUUUAAAUUAAUACAUUUAUAUACAUAUAUAAAAUCUAUAUAUAUAUAAAUAUAUAUUUAUCGACUUGAAACCACACUGCCUGCAAAAUCCAGCUGAAUGUUUUGUCCCUGCGUUGUGUUUAAAGGCCUUAGUUUUUACCUGCAGUCACUGUAGAUUUUAUCUUUAACCCACUGUCUUUUUCCUUUUCGUUACUUAAAGGUUACGUUCAGUAUUCUUCAACCUGGACCGUUUUCCCGUGUUCUUGUGUUGACGUGACUAAUGCCAGUCAGCCGCUUUGAAAUGAGUCCAGUGUUGAAAGAGAGUGAACAGGCUGGGCUGUGCAUGUUCGCACCGUCAGUGUACGUCGACUAGAAGUGUCUGUUUUUGCCACUGACAGGCUCAGAGUGUGAUUUAAAGUCUCUGACAUUAUGAAAGGAUCCCUACAGAGACGGAGCUUUGUGUUGAAGCGUAAGAUCCUUCUUGUUUAACCAGAAACAGCCCCAAAGUCGCCAUCGCCAAACCCACCAGACUCAAAAUUAAACUCACAAAACCAGUUGUAGUUCGUCUUUCCACUGUUCCAACAAUCACCAGCUCUGGUUUAGUUGAUAUAAAGAUGUAGAUGUAGAUGUCUGACAUUUAGAUGUGUAAAUGUCAGACUGUAUAUACAGACGAACGACGCGUCCCCACUUACCCCCAGUAUACGUCAGUGAAGCUAAAAUAUCCCGGACACGGCCGCUGCCAUCUUGUGCUGGUGACAUCAUUCGGAGCCAGAGUCUGCACAGUAGUGAUCACUGUGGUGGAGCAGUUCCAUCCAAACACCCGUCCGACCAAUCGCAAGCAGCACCAUUGAAUGUAUUGGCUCACACAGCUGUCAAUCAUGGCGUCAAAUCUCCGUUUUAUAGCAUUAAGUAACUAUUUAAAUCCAAACUUAUCAGAAAAACACCUAAACAAACGGCAGCGUGAUUAAAAUACAGUAAAAGAUCAAUCAUUCAAUGUGUGCUUUUGAUUUUAAGUUUGGCAAGUGUCCGAUUUACAAACAUGGAGAAGGCAAGCUUUGUGACGUGUACUGCAGCGAGCCACCAGGGGGCGAUGGAGAUGUUUUGAGCUGUGAUGUCGUCCAUCUUUAUGUACAGUCUAUGGACAGUGGAUGAGUCUGGUGGGUUCAGGCUGUUUCUGGUACAACAAAAAUCUUACUCGUCAACAUAAAGCUCCGUCUCUGUAGGGAUCCUUUCAUAACGUUAUCAGACACUUGGGAUAACAAUCCAGGGUUCCUGCGGUCAUGGAAAACCUGGGAAAGUCAUGGCAUUAGUAAAAAUCCUUGAAAGUUUUUAGGAAAGUUGUGGAAAUGUGUUGUAUGUUUCCAGAUCAAUUCUUACAUUAAUCUUCCAUCAAUAACCUUCAGUGUAAUUAAAAAACUGAUAUUAUUUUUCUGUAGUUGACGACGUAACGUAGCUUUUAAUGAGACAAUGUGUGACGUUUCGUACACCAUCACGUACACAUCUUAAUUUUCUCCCAGCGUUCCGUCUCUCUCCCUUCAUGUGUGACCGCCAGCUGGAAUUAGGUUUGAAUUAAAUUUGAAUCUGAUGUGUUUGAAUAAGAGAACAGUAAUGUGACUCUGUCCGUGCAGUGUUCAAAGUUUCACAACUUUUCCAUGACUUUUCAAGGACCCAUAGUCAUUUUUUUUUGCUUGCCCCACUUGCGUUUUCAGAUUCAACUUCCAUUCAGACAUGAUUCCAGCGAGCACGUAUACAUUUAAAAAGAGAUGGAACGCUGGAAGAAACAUACGUGAUGGUGAAUGAAACGUCACACAGUGACACACGUUAGAGAUCCGUACGUUACGUCGACGGCUAAAGAAAAUAAAUCACUGUUAUAGUGCACUGAAGGUUAUCCACACGAUUACUGGAGCCAUUACACACAAAGAAUCCGUGAGUUUUCUAAAACAGGCAAUGAUUUUUUCAAAUUCCAUGACUUUCCAACACAUUCUCACUCCAACCUUUCAAAAUACGCUUCUGUUUUCACAGGAAAUUUAACAUUUACAUACAGUCUCUUUCAAAAUAAAAGCACUUAAUCGGUACAACACUGCUAGUUAGUGUUUUUUUUUUUUCCGCUUCAAGGACAAAAACACGUGGUUGGGUUUAGGAAAAAAGAACAGGGUUUGACUUUACAAUCUUACGGGACGCAAACACCGCUCUCUUGCGUGAAAGUGUUUGUUGGACCUAUCCCGCCCGUCCCAGUCGGGCUUUCGCCACCUUAACUUUCGUCCUUGUUCCGUUGCGUUUUCCCCUGAAGCAGUUAAUCUAUAACAGCAACCGACUGCGUGUCAUGCCGACGUUAAAGGAUGCCGUUUUAUGUUCGUUUCUGACGCCACAAGUCACUGCCAAAGCACCGGAUUUUGACGACUUCGGAGUGAGACCUGCGGUUGACUUUUCCCGGUUUUCCAUGACCGUGGGAACGCUGUUUGUGUUAUACAUCGGGAACAGUCAUGGAAAUUUUAUCAUGUGUCCUUUGUCCAUUUAAAUGUGAGGGGAACCAAACAGUCCGAGCCUUUUAGCGUACUGAACAGAGGCUGUGAACCUGCUGAGCGGUGACCAGGCAGCUUGUUUCGCUGUUGACUUCAGAUCGCUUUGUCAAAACUGAACCAAUUUCCAAACGAGUUGUUCCCAUUUAUCGCUUAGACGCAGGGAAAUAGGAACACAGAGUCCAGGUUGAAAAAUACUGAACACAGCCUUUAAUGCAGCUUUUUAACAUAAAUUAUAUCCGCCCCCCGUCACUGUUGCUGCAGUCCAUCCACCGUCUCUAGAACACAGGAGGGACUGAUAUUAUUUUAUUCUUCAGUUUGGGGAACUUUGUGUCCUCAGUCGUCAUUUGGAGGUUUUAUUUUUAUUCCGUGUUUAUUCCAGCUGUUGUGGUCGGUGGAUAAAAACAAGUUUCCUUCCUUGUUGGCGUCCACUCUCUCUCACACUGUUCCUUCUUGUUGUUCUGAGGGAAUGAAAAUGGGACUUUGUUUUUUUUUGGUUAAAACCACUGAAACUCGAAAGAUUCUCGGCAGUGAAGGUCGACUCGCAUCAGAAGGGAAUUAAGGGACCAAUUUCUGCUUCCAUGUGUCAGGUUUUGUUCACUGUUCCUCAUAUGAAGUGCUUUUUGUUGUUGCGGCUCUUAUUGGCUCAUGUUUUGUUUUUGUUUUCUUUUUGCUCAUACUACUGUCAGCCCUGUCUCCCAGGAGGAUUUUGCACAUUGUAAAGAUGAAAUGGAUGUAAUCAUAGUUCACUGUGGCUUUAGACUGUGUACAGUUAAACUAUGGACUGUAAAAUGUACGGGAAAAUUCCUAUGGAAAAAAACUGAAUCACUUGAAGAGCCUGUCAAAAGGUUAUUGUGCAUGCCCAGGUUCUUUUGAGACUCUAAGUGUGUAAAUUUUACUUUUAGUGUACACAAGAAAUUAAAAUAGUUAUCUUCUC